AUGGCCUCGCGUGUUUCCCUCGACACCGUCGAUCCUUUCUUAGACAACUCCCUCCAAGUGGACGCCAUCAAUCGGCCUCUCAAAAAGCGGAAGACAUGUCACACUGAAGCUGACUGGGCCAAACAAACCAUCAGCAUUCGGGCCCAUGCUGCAUCCUUAUCGGACGAGCCAUACGUCCUAGAGCCGAUUGCCGUUAUCCCGCGUUGUCGAUUGCCCUUCUCAUGGCUGGAUUGCUCUCCUGCCCUGCUAUCGGAGAUACAACCGGGUAGUUUAUUCGUCGCAGAUAUCCCGAUCUUAGAAGCGCAUGUCCGAAUAGAACCCGCCGUUUUAGCUGUGCGACUAGUGACCGAUGGUGGACUUUACGUCAUUGAGCGAGUUAAGGAGGGGAUAUAUGCGCUCUUUAAGCUCGCCCGCGACGUAGAAGAAGGGGAUAUCCUCGUUUCCGUGAAGGGAUGGCGCCCGUCGGAGGUGGAACAGGCUCCCCGACGCAUUUCUGCGAUAGACGACAGUGGGGAAUGGUGGCUGGUGGCGCAAGUUGAUGACCCGGUUGCUGAUUCUCAAAUUUUGACAAAGCGGUCCGAGUUUGACGUGUCUGUGGUUUUCGGCAUUGUGGAUGACAAUGUGCGAAUGCAGGACGUAUCGCCCGUGGAUUCGGGCGAGAGUAGGGGCCACUCUUUAGCGCCUCAUCUGUCUCUUGAGAGAGGCGGUAGCUCGAAUGUCAAUACACCUACUGUGCUGAGAGAUUCCCAGGGGUGUACUGGUGUGCUGUCUACCGAUGCUGUCGGGGUCGAGUCUAUGAAGGCCGAGCCCCUUCAGUCGCCGCAGGAAUUGCUGGAUAAUCUACGGGAGCAGUAUCUACAGGCCCUUUAUAUCUCGAAGGCGUCCGUGGCGUACUUUGCCAAAGGUCCUCUGGCGCGCUGCCGUACGGCUUUCCUAUCGUCCGAGUCGGGGACUUCUCAGGCUGCUGUUCUUGUUGAAUUCUAUCGAGAGGCUGUCCUUACGGCUAAGAAAAUGGAUCUUAAGUACCGGGAAACACUGCCUUCCACCCUCAAGGACGUUAUACUUAGUAUUUCCGAUGACGAGUCAACACUACAAAAGAAGCGAAAGAGUAGGAAGAAGACAUUAGGCAAAAAUGGGCUUUAUCCUGCAGAGAAACAAUUCAUUCGGAAAUGGUGGAAAGACAGAGAGCUGGCAGAUCAAGGAGUAUCAACCGAGACUUCGCGGGACGCGGAACUGAAGAAGCACAUUGCUGAUUUACGAUUACGAGAAACUCAGCUUCAAAUCCUUCUCAUUCUGGAAACAAUGGCCCUGGAGGCUACUAUUCCUGGCGAAGCCAAGUCUACCGAGGAAGGCGAUGGGCUCGAAAAGACGAAACCAAAGCCUAAGAAAUUACAGGAUUUGAAAGUGAUGCUUGAACUGCAUCUCGAUCGACUGUGCAUCUGGCAUGCUGUUAGCUUCGACGACGUUGCAGUCUCCGACCCAAGCAAAGUCUAUGGAAACAAUGAGUCCGCGGGCAAGAAAGUCGAAAGUGAUGCCGUUCGUGAUUUUUGUACCGAGGUCAUCAUACCGUUCUACGCUUCGCGCCUGCCAGAUAAAUGCAAAUCGAUCACAAGAAAACUCGGGGUUUCUGGUGCGAUAUCACCUUUCCCCAAGAAGCCCCAGCCGAAAAAUAUGCCCCGGACAGAACCCGGGAUGGCUCUUGAGCGACAACCAUCGCAGAAGAAUCCUCGUCGUACACUGCAACGUGUGUUGACGGAUGAGCAAACAGCCUCUAAAGGACGUCGACAGUCGCUGGCUCGCUCUAAUACCAUGCCCCCACAGCCUGAGCGAGAGCCAAUGGAACCUUUGUUAUCUAGUCUGAGCUCUAGUGUACGAGGUGGUAUACAGAAGGCCAAACGGGUUGAGAAUCGUGAAGUUGACCUAAACGCUGUGGCCCGGCAGCACGAAGCCAAAUUGAAGAAGGUGCAGAUGCUCAUGGAUCAGAAGAAGGAGCUCGAUGCUGCGAUCCUUGCCCUCCGGAAACCGAACAGGGAGCUUGUCGCCAAGGACAUAGCGGAAGAUGCUGACAAGAGACGCACAGGCGGCAGCGCAAGGAAACCGAAAAAUCCUGUCCGCAACCCCUUUGGACAAGGAGUCCAGGUUGCAGCUACGCCAAAGGGCAGUCGAAAGAGGGACGCCAUUGCUGGCAUGCCUUCGCUUCCCCAAAGUAUGUCGAUUCGUUCAUCUACCCAACCGAAGGGGUCUUCAAUCUUCGGAGGCGACGGAUCACCCCGGAUGGUAAUCCCAGCUUCUACUUCGCGACCCAAGUCAUUCUCCGGAUCCUCCGGCUCCAGAGGCGUGAAUGCAAUUCAGGAAACCCCGUCGCGACGACCAACUCAGCCGUUAGGGUCGUUUGACGGACCGGGCGCAGGCGUGGCCGAAUCACCCCUUUCCUCCGGAAAUCUCUUCCGCGUACCUCGGCGACCGGCGCCGAGAUCGACUGAUAUGGCCCCGUCAACACCCGUCCGUAUGAACACUCGUCUAGAUGUGAUCACUGAACCGAUCAGUUCGCUCGUGAUGGAGACCCCACCGAAACAAAGCAUCACCGUGCCACUAAUCCAGGCCGACGGGCCCGCAGAGCCAGCCACAGACACGCCAGCAAAGGUGCUGGGGACACCGGUUAAGGGCACGGCCAGUCUAACUGUCCCGGCAACCACAGCAGUACCGGUGACACCCGAGAAAUCAAUUUAUGCGCACCUGGGAUGGGACGACGACGACGAUUUUGGUUUGUAG